CCGCUCGCCUGACCCCCGCGCCGCGCCCGCGGAGCGAAAGAAGCGAAGAGCAAAGAGGGGCCGCCCGCCCGCCGCCUUCUCCCCCGCCCCGGCGGGCCGGGCCGGCAGCAGCGGCCCCGCCAGAGCUCAUCGCCUCCCGUGAAUGGACAGCAUUGCUCUUGAAGAGGAACCUCAGAUAGGAAUGGGCUCUGUUUUCCUGAGGCUGUUGGCCCCGAUCCCAGGAAUGCUAUAGAGGACGCAGGGGAGCUCCGGAAGCCAGUCAGGAUGAAUAUGGUGAAGAGGAUCAUGGGCCGGCCCCGGCAGGAGGAGUGCAGCCCCCAGGACAAUGCGCUGGGGCUGAUGCACCUGCGGCGCCUCUUCACAGAGCUCUGCCACCCGCCCCGGCACAUGACCCAGAAAGAACAGGAGGAAAAACUAUACAUGAUGCUGCCGGUAUUUAACAGGGUGUUUGGAAAUGCUCCUCCAAGUACAAUGACAGAAAAAUUUUCUGAUCUCCUGCAAUUCACUACUCAAGUGUCACGAUUGAUGGUGACUGAGAUUCGGCGGAGAGCAUCGAAUAAAUCCACAGAGGCUGCAAGUCGUGCCAUCGUCCAGUUUCUGGAGAUCAAUCAAAGUGAAGAAGCAAGUAGAGGUUGGAUGCUGCUCACUACAAUUAAUUUACUAGCUUCAUCAGGACAGAAAACCGUGGACUGCAUGACUACAAUGUCAGUGCCUUCCACACUCGUUAAAUGUCUGUAUCUGUUUUUUGACCUUCCACAUGUGCCUGAGGUAGUUGGAGGAGCACAGAAUGAGCUACCUCUCGCAGAGCGCCGAGCGCUGCUACAGAAAGUCUUUGUGCAGAUCUUAGUAAAACUGUGCAGUUUUGUGUCCCCUGCGGAAGAACUGGCUCAAAAGGAUGAUCUGCAGCUUUUAUUCAGUGCAAUAACGUCAUGGUGCCCUCCCUAUAAUCUGCCUUGGAGGAAGAGUGCAGGGGAAGUACUGAUGACCAUAUCGCGUCACGGCCUUAGUGUCAAUGUAGUGAAAUACAUUCAUGAAAAAGAAUGUUUGUCCACGUGUGUUCAGAACAUGCAGCAGUCUGAUGACCUUUCUCCCCUUGAAAUAGUUGAGAUGUUUGCUGGGCUUUCUUGUUUUCUCAAAGAUUCCAGUGAUGUAUCACAAACACUACUGGAUGAUUUUAGGAUAUGGCAAGGAUACAACUUCCUCUGCGAUCUCCUCCUCAGAUUAGAACAGGCAAAGGAGGCUGAAUCAAAGGAUGCUUUGAAGGACCUGGUUAAUUUGAUUACUUCCUUAACAACAUAUGGUGUAAAUGAAUUGAAACCAGCUGGUGUUACCACCGGGGUACCUUUCCUAUUACCUGGAUUUGCAGUGCCGCAGCCUGCAGGCAAAGGUCACAGCGUGAGGAAUAUUCAAGCGUUUUCCGUCCUUCAGAAUGCAUUUUUGAAAGCAAAAACUAGCUAUCUAGCACAAAUUAUCCUUGAUGCCAUCACGAAUAUUUAUAUGGCGGACAAUGCCAAUUACUUCAUUUUGGAAUCACAGCACACAUUGUCUCAGUUUGCAGAGAAAAUUUCUAAACUUCCAGAAGUGCAGACCAAAUACUUUGAGAUGCUGGAAUUUGUUGUCUUCAGCUUGAAUUACAUACCCUGUAAAGAACUGAUCAGUGUGAGCAUCCUUUUAAAAUCCAGCACUUCUUAUCACUGUAGCAUCAUUGCCAUGAAGACGCUCCUGAAAUUCACCCGUCACGACUACAUCUUUAAGGAUGUCUUCAGGGAGGUGGGGCUUUUGGAGGUGAUGGUAAAUCUUCUUCAUAAAUAUGCAGCCCUUCUGAAAGAUCCCACUCAGGCUUUGAAUGAACAAGGGGAUUCAAGAAACAGUUCAUUUGAGGACCAAAAGCAGUUGGCUUUGUUGGUUAUGGAGACCCUGACGGUUCUACUACAAGGCUCAAACACAAAUGCAGGUAUUUUCAGGGAGUUUGGUGGCGCAAGAUGUGUGCACAACAUUGUGAAGUAUCCACAGUGCCGACAGCACGCGCUGAUGAUCAUCCAGCAGUUGGUGUUGUCGCCUAGCGGGGAAGAUGACAUGGGCACUUUGCUGGGACUAAUGCACUCCGCUCCACCUACAGAACUACAGCUGAAAACGGACAUCUUAAGGGCCCUCCUGUCAGUGCUAAGAGAAAGCCAUCGCACCAGAACUGUUUUUAGAAAAGUUGGUGGAUUUGUGUAUGUCACAUCUUUGCUCGUUGCUAUGGAAAGAUCUUUGUGCUCACCGCCGAAGAAUGGCUGGGAGAAAGUAAACCAGAAUCAAGUGUUUGAACUGCUUCACACGGUGUUCUGCACACUGACUGCAGCAAUGCGCUAUGAGCCAGCCAACUCUCAUUUCUUCAAAACAGAGAUCCAGUAUGAAAAACUGGCAGAUGCUGUUCGAUUGCUUGGCUGCUUCUCAGACUCAAGAAAAAUAAGUCCAUUGAAUGUCUUUCCUUCAAAUACACAAUUGUUUCAAAGACUGUUGGAGGAUGACCUAAUCGCUCUGGAUUCUGUGUCACCUACGCUAAGACAUUGCAGCAAACUUUUUAUUUACCUCUACAAGGUAGCGACAGAUUCUUUUGACAGUCGUGCAGAACAGAUCCCUCCUUGCCUGACAAAUGAGACCUCUCUCCCCUCUCCCUGGGGUACGCCAGCUUUGUCGAGGAAAAGGCAUGCAUAUCAUUCUGUUUCAACACCUCCUGUUUGCCCUCAGAAAAACAUACCUGAUGUGAAACUGCAAAUGGGAUCUACAUCCAUGCAAAGUUCUGACGCGGUUGUUAUUCACCCUGGUGCUAUGCUUGCGAUGCUGGAUCUUCUGGCCUCUGUUGGAUCAUCUACACACCCAGAGCAUGCGCUGGACCUUCAGCUGGCAGUGGCCAACAUCCUGCAGUCCCUUGUGCAUACGGAGAGGAACCAGCAAGUCAUGUGUGAAGCUGGGCUCCAUGCACGCCUUCUCCAGAGAUGCAGCUCUGCUCUGGCUGAUGAGGACCAUUCGCUGCAUCCCCCACUCCAGAGGAUGUUUGAAAGGCUGGCCUCCCAGGCACUACAGCCCAUGGUGCUCAGGGAAUUUUUACGCUUAGGAAAUCCUCUGAAUUGUGGAGCAUGGGACAAAAAGCUGUUGAAGCAGUACCGUGUGCACAAACCCAGCUCACUUAGUUUUGAACCAGAAAUGAGAAAUAGCAUGGUUACCUCAAUGGAAGGUCUGGGUUCAGACAGCGUCUUCAGUUUGCAUGAAGAUAGCCACUACCGGAUCAGUAGGAGCCUGCUCAAACCAGCUGAAGGAAGCACAGUCCCCCUGACGCGAGUGAAGUGCUUGGUGUCCAUGACAACACCCCAUGAUAUCAGGCUUCAUGGCUCAUCAGUCACUCCUGCCUUCAUUGAAUUUGACACAUCUCUUGAAGGGUUCGGCUGUCUGUUCUUGCCAAGUUUGGCUCCCCACAAUGCACCCACCAAUAAUGCUGUCACAACAGGACUUAUUGAUGGCGCGGUUGUCAGUGGAAUUGGAACUGGUGAACGAUUUUUCCCACCACCAUCCGGUUUAAGCUACUCAACUUGGUUUUGCAUUGAACAUUUUAGUACUCCUCCUAAUAAUCAUCCUGUCAGACUUCUUACUGUAGUGCGGCGUGCAAACUCCUCAGAGCAGCACUAUGUGUGCCUUGCCAUUGUCCUCUCAGCAAAAGACCGGUCACUAAUUGUUUCAACUAAAGAAGAAUUACUUCAAAAUUAUGUUGAUGAUUUCAGUGAAGAGUCAUCAUUUUAUGAAAUUCUUCCUUGUUGUGCUCGUUUUCGCUGUGGCGAGCUCAUUGCAGAAGGCCAGUGGCAUCACCUGGUUCUGGUCAUGAGUAAAGGCAUGCUGAAGAAUAGUACAGCAGCACUGUACCUUGAUGGACAGCUUGUUAACACUGUUAAGCUUCACUAUAUUCAUAGCAGUCCCAGUGGCUCUGGUUCUGCCAAUCCUCCUGUAGUCAGCACUGUCUAUGCCUAUAUUGGCACACCACCUGCGCAGCGCCAGCUCUCAUCCUUGGUGUGGCGCUUGGGCCCUACGCAUUUCCUGGAGGAAGUUCUGCCUGCCCCAGGGGUUAGCACCAUUUAUGAGCUGGGACCAAAUUACGUUGGAAGCUUUCAAGCAGUAUAUGUACCAUGCAAAGAUUCCAAGUGCGAAGGGAACAACCCAUGUCCAGUAUCAUUAGUACCAGAAGAGAAGGUCUCCUUCGGUCUCUAUGCACUCUCAGUUUCUUCUUUUACAGUGGCUAAAAUAAGGAAGGUUUACAACAAAUUGGAUAGUAAAGCAAUUGCCAAGCAGCUUGCAAUUUCUUCUCAUGAAAAUGCCACACCUGUGAAGCUGCUACAUAACUCAGCAGGGCACUUGAAUGGGCCCGCACGCUCCAUUGGUGCAGCUUUGAUAGGAUACUUGGGAGUAAGAACAUUUGUCCCCAAGCCUGUUGCCACUACUCUGCAGUACAUUGGUGGAGCUGCUGCUAUUCUGGGACUUGUGGCCAUGGCAUCAGAUGUAGAGGGACUAUAUGCAGCUGUGAAGGCUUUAGUCUGUGUGGUAAAGAGCAAUCCACUAGCCAGCAAGGAAAUGGAAAGAAUCAGAGGUUAUCAGUUGCUGGCGAUGCUGUUAAAGAAGAAACGAUCUCUUCUGAACAGUCACAUACUCCAUCUGACUUUUUCCUUGGUGGGAACUGUUGACAGCGGGCAUGAGACCUCCAUUAUUCCAAAUUCCACUGCCUUCCAGGAUCUGCUCUGUGAUUUUGAGGUCUGGCUUCAUGCACCCUAUGAACUUCAUCUGUCAUUAUUUGAGCACUUCAUUGAACUUCUCACAGAGUCCAGUGAAGCUGCAAAGAAUGCGAAGUUAAUGAGGGAGUUCCAACUUAUCCCAAGGCUGCUCUUGACUCUUCGAGAUAUGUCUCUCUCCCAGCCUACUAUUGCUGCAAUUAGCAAUGUGCUGAGCUUCUUGCUUCAAGGCUUCCCCAGCAGUUAUGACUUACUCAGGUUUGGACAGUUCAUCUCUUCCACUUUACCUACAUUUGCGGUCUGUGAGAAGUUUGUAGUCAUGGAAAUAAAUAAUGAAGAAAAGCUUGAGAGUGGAACUGAGGAUGAUUUUGGAGGACUUGUUUCAGCUAAUCUUAUCCUACUGCGGAACAGGCUUUUAGAUAUCCUUCUGAAACUUCUAUAUACUUCCAAAGAAAAGACAGCUGUUAAUUUGCAGGCUUGUGAAGAACUGGUCAAGACUCUGGGGUUUGAUUGGAUUAUGAUGUUCAUGGAAGAACAUCUGCAUUCUACCACGGUCACAGCUGCCAUGCGAAUUCUUGUGGUCCUGCUGAGUAAUCAGUCCAUCCUUAUUAAAUUCAAGGAAGGUCUCAGUGGUGGAGGCUGGCUUGAUCAAACGGAUUCCGUCUUGACCAAUAAGAUUGGUACUGUGCUAGGGUUCAAUGUUGGCAGGAGUGCUGGUGGAAGAUCGACAGUCCGGGAGAUUAACCGUGAUGCAUGUCACUUCCCAGGCUUCCCUGUCCUUCAGUCCCUUCUCCCCAAGCACACAAAUGUACCCGCGCUCUAUUUCCUCCUCAUGGCCCUUUUCCUGCAGCAGCCUGUCACUGAGCUGCCUGAAAACCUUCAGUUUGAUUUAGAUUCUAUUUGGACGUUCAUAUUUGGAGUUCCUGCCUCUUGUGGCACUGUUACCUCUUCAGUACAUAGUGUUUGCACAGAAGCUGCCUUCUUGCUGUUGGGAAUGCUGAGGAGCAUGCUGAAUUCACCCUGGCAGUCUGAGGAGGAAGGCUCUUGGCUUCGAGAAUAUCCCGUCACCUUGAUGCAAUUCUUUCGCUAUUUGUAUCACAAUGUGCCAGACCUUGUUUCCUUGUGGAUGAGCCCAGAGUUCCUGUGUGCGCUGGCAGCAACCGUAUUUCCUUUCAACAUACGACCUUACUCUGAGAUGGUAGGAAAUUCAGUCACUGAUCUUGAUGAUGAGGUCGGAUCCCCAGCUGAAGAGUUCAAAGCCUUUGCUGCAGAUUCUGGCAUGAACAGGAGCCAGUCAGAAUACUGCAAUGUCGGCACCAAGACAUACCUAACGAAUCAUCCUGCCAAGAAGUUUGUGUUUGACUUCAUGCGUGUGCUCAUAAUUGAUAACUUGUGUCUCACACCAGCCAGCAAACAGACUCCGCUGGUGGAUCUUCUGCUAGAGGCUUCCCCUGAAAGAUCGACACGAACGCAGCAGAAAGAGUUUCAGACCUAUGUUUUGGAUAGCGUGAUGGACCACUUACUCGCAGCUGAUGUUUUAUUGGGCGAAGAUGCAUCUCUGCCCAUAACAAGUGGAGGAAGCUACCAAGUUCUGGUGAACAACGUGUUCUAUUUUACACAGCGUGUGGUAGAUAAGCUUUGGCAGGGCAUGUUCAACAAAGAAUCCAAACUUCUUGUGGAAUUCAUAAUCCAGCUAAUUGCACAGUCAAAAAGAAGAUCUCAGGGACUAUCGCUGGAUGCUAUUUAUCACUGCCUGAACAGAACUAUCUUAUAUCAGUUCUCAAGAGCACACAAAACUGUUCCUCAGCAAGUGGCUCUUCUUGAUUCCUUGAGGGUCCUCACUGUGAACAGAAACUUAAUUUUGGGACCUGGAAAUCAUGAUCAAGAGUUCAUCAGCUGUCUUGCUCACUGCUUGAUUAAUCUGCAUGUGGGGAGCAAUGUUGAUGGGUUUGGAUUGGAAGCAGAAGCCAGGAUGACAACUUGGCACAUUAUGAUCCCUUCUGAUAUAGAACCAGAUGGAGUCUACAAUCAAGAUGUCAGUGAAGGUCGCCAGCUUCUUUUAAAAGCCAUAAACAGAGUGUGGACAGAGCUGAUUCACAGUAAAAAACAGGUUUUAGAAGAAGUUUUUAAAGUGACGCUCCCUGUCAAUGACCGUGGCCAAGUGGAUAUAACUGUUGCAAGACCUUUAAUUGAAGAAGCAAGUUUAAAGUGUUGGCAAAAUCAUUUGGCCCAUGAGAAGAAGUGCAUCAGUAGAGGAGAGGCCUUGGUUCCAAGCACACAGUCCAAGCUCUCACGAGUGAGCAGUGGGUUUGGCCUCUCUAAACUAACAGGUUCCAGGAGAAACCGGAAGGAGAGUGGACUCAACAAACACAAUCUCUCGACGCAGGAAAUUUCCCAGUGGAUGUUUACUCACAUCGCAGUGGUUCGAGAUCUUGUUGAUAUGCAGUAUAAAGAAUAUCAGGAGCGCCAGCAGAAUGCAUUAAAAUAUGUGACAGAAGAGUGGUCUCAAAUUGAAUAUGAGUUACUACGAGAGCGAGGUUUGUGGGGUCCUCCCAUUGGUUCCCAUCUUGACAAGUGGAUGUUGGAGAUGACUGAGGGGCCCUGCCGAAUGAGGAAGAAGAUGGUGCGCAAUGACAUGUUUUACACUCAGUAUCCCUACAUGCCUGAAGCUGAGCAGGAAACAAACUUGCUGUCUGACCUCUCAAGUAAACUUCCUGAGACAGCUGAUGAUACCAUUCCUCAAAAGAAACCUGCUCGCUACCGAAGGGCUAUAAGUUAUGACAGUAAGGAGUACUACAUGCGCCUGGCAUCUGGAAACCCAACCAUCUUCCAGGACACCAUAGAGGAAAACACAGUGGGUGAAACCACUCAGCAGGAGCCAGAACAUGGGGAGGACACAAUUGCGAGAGUCAAAGGCCUAGUGAAGCCUCCCCUGAAACGGUCUCGCUCUGCUCCUGAUGGAGGAGAUGAUGAGAACCAGGAACAGUCACAAGAUCAAAUUGUUGAGGGCAGUUCGAUUGAUGAAGAGGAGAAAACUGACAAUACAACUUUGCUUCGACUUCUUGAAGAAGGAGAGAAGAUUCAGCAUAUGUACCGCUGUGCUCGGGUUCAGGGCCUUGACACUAGUGAAGGGCUGCUCCUCUUUGGCAAAGAGCAUUUCUAUGUAAUUGAUGGAUUUACCAUGACAGCCACCAGAGAAAUACGGGACAUUGAGACGUUGCCUCCAAAGAUGCAUGAGCCAAUCAUACCAAGGGGGGCAAGGCAGGGGCCAAGUCAACUCAAAAGAACGUGCAGCAUUUUUGCAUAUGAAGAUAUUAAGGAAGUACAUAAAAGGAGAUACCUUUUGCAGCCAAUUGCAAUUGAAGUUUUCUCAGGAGAUGGACGAAACUAUCUUCUAGCUUUCCAAAAAGGAGUCCGAAAUAAAGUUUAUCAGAGGUUUUUGGCUGUGGUGCCAUCUCUAACUGACAGUUCGGAGUCAGUGUCUGGACAGAGGCCAAACACCAGUGUAGAACAAGGGUCUGGCUUGCUUAGCACUUUAGUGGGAGAAAAAUCUGUUACUCAAAGAUGGGAAAGAGGAGAAAUCAGUAACUUCCAGUACCUGAUGCACUUAAACACCCUGGCGGGCCGAUCCUACAAUGAUCUCAUGCAGUACCCUGUCUUUCCCUGGGUCCUUGCAGACUACGAUUCAGAGGAGUUGGAUCUUACAAAUCCCAAGACAUUCAGAAACCUGGCAAAGCCCAUGGGAGCUCAAACAGAGGACAGGUUGGCCCAGUACAAGAAACGAUACAAAGACUGGGAAGAUCCCAAUGGUGAAACUCCAGCGUAUCAUUACGGGACCCACUAUUCAUCUGCCAUGAUAGUGGCUUCCUAUCUUGUCCGGAUGGAGCCUUUUACACAGAUUUUCUUACGACUACAGGGCGGUCACUUUGACCUGGCAGACCGAAUGUUUCACAGCGUGCGAGAGGCCUGGUACUCAGCAUCAAAGCACAACAUGGCAGAUGUGAAGGAGCUCAUCCCAGAAUUUUUCUACCUCCCUGAGUUUUUGCUCAAUUCCAACAAUUUUGAUCUCGGUUGCAAACAAAAUGGCACUAAACUUGGAGAUGUAAUACUCCCUCCGUGGGCAAAAGGAGACCCUCGUGAGUUUAUCAGAGUUCACCGGGAGGCUCUGGAAUGUGACUUUGUGAGUGCACAUCUGCAUGAGUGGAUUGACUUGAUCUUUGGCUAUAAACAACAAGGUCCUGCUGCAGUAGAAGCUGUAAAUGUCUUUCACCAUCUCUUCUAUGAGGGGCAAGUGGAUAUAUAUAACAUCAACGAUCCAUUGAAAGAGACAGCUACUAUAGGAUUCAUUAAUAACUUUGGACAGAUACCAAAGCAGCUCUUCAAAAAGCCACACCCUCCGAAGCGCGUUCGAAGUCGAUUGAAUGGGGAGGCUGCAGGAACCUCAGUGCCCCCUGGUUCCAAUAGUGACAAGAUUUUUUUCCAUCAUUUGGACAACCUGCGGCCAUCUCUUGCACCAGUGAAAGAACUCAAGGAGCCUGUGGGGCAGAUUGUGUGUACCGAUAAAGGCAUUCUGGCAGUUGAGCAGAAUAAGGUUCUCAUCCCACCUACAUGGAAUAAAACUUUUGCCUGGGGCUAUGCAGACCUCAGCUGUAGACUGGGUACCUACGAGUCAGACAAGGCAGUAAUUGUUUAUGAAUGUUUGUCAGAGUGGGGUCAGAUACUGUGUGCCAUUUGUCCCAACCCCAAGCUGGUUAUCACUGGGGGAACAAGCACAGCGGUGUGUGUGUGGGAAAUGGGCAUCUCCAAAGAAAAAGCUAAAGCCCUCACAUUGAAACAGGCAUUACUGGGUCAUACUGACACCGUCACAUGCUUAACAGCAUCACUAGCUUAUCACAUAAUUGUGAGUGGCUCACGGGAUCGCACCUGCAUCAUCUGGGAUUUGAAUAAGCUCUCAUUUCUUACACAGCUUCGAGGUCACAGGGCUCCAGUUUCUGCACUCUGUAUAAAUGAAUUAACGGGGGAUAUUGUAUCGUGUGCUGGCACUUACAUUCAUGUAUGGAGUAUCAAUGGCAGCCCCACUGCAAGCGUGAACACUUUCACUGGUCGAAGCCAGCAAAUCAUGUGUUGUUUUGUGUCUGAGAUGAAUGAGUGGGAUACCCAGAAUGUCAUUGUGACAGGACAUUCAGAUGGAGUUGUACGGUUCUGGCGGAUGGAGUUUUUGCAAGUACCAGAAACACCGGCUCCAGAGCCUGCAGAGGUGCUGGAAAUGCAAGAGGAUUGCCAGGAAGCACAAAUAGGACGGGAAGCCCAUGAAGAAGACAGCAGUGACUCUGAUGCAGAUGAUCCAUGCAUUGGCCAAGAUACAAAACUGCAGGAGAGCCAAAGUCAACCAGGCAGCACCAGCCACAGACCGAGGUCAGCCUCAAACAGAGUGGCAGCGGCAUGGUCAGCAGACAGUGGCUCAGAUGACUCCAGGCGUUGGUCAGACCAGCUCAGCUUGGAUGAGAAAGAUGGCUUUAUCUUUGUGAAUUAUUCUGAAGGACAAGCAAAAAUACACCCCCAUGCUCAGGUUAACCACCUGCACCCCAGCUAUGCUGAAGCACGGCACUACAGCAAGCUUAAACCAGGAUACCGAUGGGAGCGUCAGUUGGUGUUUAGGAGCAAACUAACUAUGCACACAGCAUUUGAUCGCAAAGAUAACGCACAUCCAGCAGAAAUCACCGCACUCGGCAUCUCCAAGGAUCACAGCAGAAUUCUCAUUGGGGAUGGCCGUGGCCGAGUGUUCAGCUGGUCUGUGAGUGAUCAGCCGGGCCGGUCAGCAGCCGACCACUGGGUGAAGGACGAGGGAGGAGACAGCUGCUCAGGUUGUGCAGUCCGAUUCUCGCUCACAGAGAGGCGUCACCACUGCAGGAACUGUGGGCAGCUCUUCUGUCAGAAGUGCAGUCGGUUUCAGUCUGAAAUCAAACGUCUGAAGAUUUCGUCACCGGUCAGAGUCUGCCAGAACUGUUUCUACAACUUGCAGCAUGAGCGGGGCUUAGAGGAAGGGCCCAGGAAUUGACAAGAUGGUGGUAAAUGGAGACCCUGUACAGUCCUGCUGUCACCCUGAGAACUAAUGUGAGCAUUGUGCUGCGAUCAGAAGGGAGUAGAAUACUGUCUGUUUACACUUAAGUUUAUACUGCAUUUUAAGCACUGAAAGAAUAAGGGAUCAUUGAAUUGAUUUGUGUUGAUGGAAGGUGUGUGAUGAGAUGAGCGGCACAUUGAAGUGAAGAGCAAGGCCCAGGAAGACAUGGUUAAUAACUACAGAUACAGUAGAACUGUCAACCCCUAUCUCGCUGUUGACAUGGCUAUGAAGAAAACCCUCACUUAUCCUAAACACCAGUUCUUGUCUUGUUUUUGUAGAGCUAGUCAUCUGUACUGGGGUGGGGGGGUGGGAGGGAAGGGAAGGCUUUUUAGAAGAUAGUUGUAAAUCUGCCUUCUUCGCAAGCAACUGUGUAUAUUGUAAAUAGGUAUAAUGGCCUUUUUAUCUAAAUAUGAACCUAACUGCCUGUUACAUGGGACUUCAGAUUAACGACUAUACUUUGUGUGGCAUCUUUCUCAUCUAUCAACUUAAAUAUGAAUGUUUAAAUAACAACAACAACAAAAACCAACAGAAAACUCAAAGGCAUUAUGUGUAUUUCUGUUAAAAAUCCAGUCUGUGCACGUUCAUUCUUUCAGUUGCCCACAGUAUCUUAAUUUAAAUAAGGCUAUUCAUGGAAUUACAUGGAUUUUUUUCAAAAGAAAACUUUUUUUGAGAAUAGGACUUGGAGUAUUUUAUUCUAGCUGUAAGAUAACCAGGAACUAAAUUGUAAACUUUGGUUGCAUUUUAUACCAAAACUAUUUACCGCCUCAGUGUUGUUCAUAUUUAACAAGGCCUGUUUUAUACAUAUGUCAGAGCUGCAGUUUUGUUAAUUACUUAGUGUUCAUUAGCAGCUGAUUCAUGCAGUGCAAGAACCAGCUUUUACCUUCUUUAAGUCAAUAGCAAUUGGCUUGCAUACAGGUACAGAAUGAAUUUCCUGUGCAUAGAAUUUUACCACUGUUGUCCUGUAGCUUGUUUGCAAAAAAGAAAAAAAGAAAAAAGAAAAAAAAAAAGAAAAAAAAAAAAAAAAAGGAAACAAACCCCAAACAUUUGGAACAAUGUAGUUGCUCUGGAACGGGUUAGUGCUUGUUCUGCCAGAGAUGCUUGUAAGAGCUGUCUCCUUGUGUCAGCAAACAGCAUGACCCUGGGGACAGUGCUAGGUUUUCAUUACAGUUUUUAUGUUUUAAAAUGAAUUGCAGUAUUUUUUUACUACUCUGUCACUUCUUUUGCACUACAUGUGGGAUGAAGUAGAGACAUGGACAUCCAUCCGCUGGGAUUGGAACACACACACCACACAGGCCCGUGGACUACUUUCCGAAGGAGGUUUUGACAGUGGGUUUGUUUGUUUGUUUUAAAUAUGUGUGUAUAUAUUUUGUAAAUGUGUGACAAACUGGUCUAGAUCUAGGUAUGUUCACAUUGGGUUCUUCAAAACAACAGAAGAUAGGCAGCCCCACCUUUGCUCUGCAGAACAUCAGUGUGUGUGUUUGGCUGCAGAUGGGGAGGUUGCCUUGCACUAGCUUUGGCUUUGGGCAGACUCUGUCCCCAGGAAGAAGAUGGUUGAAGCUGUUGUUGGAAUUGCAGUGUGGGAAAUGCUGGCCCCUCUGUGGCAGUGGGUCCCUGUACCUUGGAGGCACACUCGUCUUCUCUUGGUUGGACCUUCUAGAUCCAUUUGUUAAUCCUAACCACUUACUCUCUACCCUGGUAUCACAUGUUUAUGCACUGAAGGUUAAAUAUGUAUUUUGACACGUUUGUUUAUUAAGUAUGUGCUGGUCUGUAAAAUGAGAAAUUCCUGUUCUGGUAUGUAUACUAGAUCCCCAAAUGAGCAGAAAGGCUUUUCUAGAGCCCUUGCACACUGUUGAGUAAAUGCAGGUUUGUUUAGGUUAGCUGACCCAAAUAGAUCCCUUUGGAUCCAAACUGUGAUAAGUAGCUGCGUUGCAUGGCUCCCUUGGCAGAUUUAUUAUUGAAAAUAGAAGGGGGGGGGAAGCCCUCAGUAAAUGUGCAUGGAGUGCUGGAAUAUCUAUAUUCAGAUGUUCUCUAAGGUUGCCUUGACCCUUCCCAAAAUGAUGCGAAGCCAGCAUAGUUCAGGUGAUAUGCUGGUGGCCUACAUGUUUCCCGUUUGAAGAGAAGGCUCUUUUAACAACCAUUAAAUGCUUUUAAGUCCUCAGAGAUUCUCCCCUCUUGCCUCCAGCUUUCAAAACGAAACCGGAUUUAGGGAAUAGUUCUGUUCCAUGAAUGGAUUCCAAUUAAACCCUAAUCAAAACAGGGCUUCUGUCAGUAACUUUGGUAUAACCUGAACAUUAAAAGUGAGAUCUGGCAUGUAUUACUAACGUGGGCUCAUGAAGACUGUGCGCCGUCAGUGAUGAUGUAGUUGGCCAUUGUUUGGCUAUGCAGGCACAUGGCACCAGUGUCCAUCUGUGCUUUUUACCUUUGGCAGCCUACUAAAAUCAGGAUCGCUAUUCCUUACCAAGUCUAGUGUAGAGGCCCACAUUUGCAUUUUGCAAACCAAUAACCACAGCCUUCUGACUUAAUCCCUCAGUUGCACUAUUCCAAAACCACAUUUGUGCUGGUAGGAGGUGGAGGGGAAAGAACCCCGCCUGCUCGUAUUUCCUCUGGCAGCUGGUGCUGUGGGCAACUGCUUCGUUCACUUGGGAGUGGUUUUUUCAUUCAAGCUUCUAAUGCAAAGACUUGCUUUGUUUUCCAUGUAAAAAUGGGUUGCGCAAAAAUAUGCUCAUGUACACUAACAUCGGUAGACUGUAUUCUCUGCAAGUACCUCACAUGUCUUCUCCUGCCUUGUUCUUUGUAGUAUACUUACUCAUGUACUCUUAACAUUCGUAUGUAGUGUGCAACUGUAAUGUCAUGCUUAUGAGAGGGGGCUGGCUGCCUCCAGCCCACAGUCAUCAGUUCAAUAGCAGAACACUUUAGAUAAGUUAUUUUGCACUUUCUUAUGUAUAAAAUUGGUAGAUACUUAUAUUUGCUUUGUAUCAUUUAAAGAUUCCUUUUGUUUCGGUAAAUGAACUGUGUAUAAAAUAUUUAUGCAGUCGAAACUGUUUUUAGACAGUAUUUUUAAUUUCAGCAAGUUUGGUUACUUGUUGCAUGACUAUUAACACAGCUGACUUUUUGUGUCAGUGCAAUGUAUAUUUUUUUUGUCCUGUUAUUAACUUGUAAGCCCUAGUUAAAUGGCCAUUUAUUUGUACAGCAUCGGGAGUAAAUUGAAGAUAACUGGCUAAGACUGGAGUGUGGAAUUUUGUACUAUAUUGCAGAAUCCAAUAUCUGUUUUUUGGUGGUUACGUAAAAGGCCUGACGAUUUACUAUCUAGUGUGCAAUCUGUGAUAUCUGAAUGUUCAUUGUAUAUUUGUCUCCAAUGCAAAAAGUUAGAGUAACACAGUUACAAUACAUGAUUAAAUGCAAUAGUUCAGGUACUUAAGUAUUUUUUUCAUUUCAAAUAAAUACCUGCUAUUUACCACCAAAAAGCUGUUUUGCAUUUGUUGGAGAUAAGCAACAUUUGCAGCGGAAUAAACGUUUUUAAAAUGGGAGUGGUA